AUGAUGUCCGUGGAGCAGUUGAUCCAAUCCCUUUCCCUUGAGGAAAAGGUCUCACUCCUAGCGGGCAAAUCAUACUGGAGAACGGCGGGAGUGGCAAAGUAUAACAUCAAACCUAUCAAGUACAGCGACGGACCUAAUGGCGUUCGCGGAGAAUCCAUUCAUGCAUCAACCAAAGCUACCUGCUUCCCCUGUGCGGCGUUGGUUGGGUCGACUUUCAACCCUGAUCUGGCUCUCAAAAUGGGCGGGAGGAAUUUCGAGGCAUACUCCGAAGACCCAACCCUGUCCGGAUUACUUGGGGCCGCAUUUGUUAAUGGCGUCCAAUCAGAAGGAGUGGCUGCUUGUCCCAAGCAUUUUUUAGGGAAUGAAUGCGAAACUCACCGCAAGACAUCGAAUACGAUUGUCGAUGAGAAGACGCUGCGGGAGUUAUACAAUCUUGUGAACGGUGUUUUCAUGUCGGAGAAUGAAGAUCUACUUCAAGGCCUCCUCCGCAAAGAGUGGGGAUUUCAGGGUGCCAUCAUUUCCGACUUUGAAGGAGUCUACUCAACGGUUCCUCUAGGGGAGCAUCUUCUGAAGGCCAUUCUAAAGCAGCAAAUUCCAGAAUCACAUAUCGAUGACCUGGUCAAAGAUGUCAUCACACUUUCAGCCAAGGUUGGGAUGAAAGAUGAAACCGCUAUAGAGGAAGAUAUUUUCAAGGAUGAGAGUAGAGCAACCCUUGUGAGAGAUAUUGCUACAGAGGGAAUUGUCUUAUUGAAAAAUGAUGGACGCAUUCUCCCAUUAUUCCCUCCGAAGAAACUACGAAUUGCUGUAUUUGGCUCUCCCGCUGCCAACCCAGUGAUUCACGGAGGCGGCAGCGCUUCACUUACUUCGUCGUACGUCGUCUCGCCUCUCGACGCACUCAAGGACAAGUUUGGCGAAGAGAACAUUCGAUAUCACCCAGGGGUUCCAAUCUUCAAAAAAAUUCCAUCCGCUCCUAUUUCCAUAAUAACAGCGCCGAGUACCGGUCAGCCUGGAGUCGACUGUUUCUGGUACAAUGGCUGGGUGGUUGGUGAAAACCAAGUGCAUCAUGAGAUUCUAGAGACGACCCGAACGCUUGUCAUUGAAUCGCGAAUCUCGGAUCUUCAACCAAAGCACUGUAAUCGCAUGAAAUUUUCCCUUCAGGUCAGUACGACCGGUCUGCAUACCUUCGGGGUGACUGCCUGCGGAAGGAGUGUUCUUCGAGUGGAUGGCAAAUUUCUCUUAGAACAUUCGAGAUUCAAUGAUUGCCGAGUGGAGUAUGUCAUGCAACCUGGAGAUUUUGAAGAACGAGCCGAUGUCUUCAUGGAAGCUGGCUGUUCAUAUGAAGUAACUGUCGACACCCUGUCAACGACCGCACCCAGUCCAUCGCCCAUCUUUGACAUUACACCACAAGCUACGUCGCUAGGAUUUUACGAAAACCUCAACAAUCCUAUCAGCCAGGAGGUACAGCAGCUGGCAUCAGAGAGCGACGUUGCGAUUAUCUUCGCUGCAAAUAACAAGGAGUAUGAGUCUGAAUCGUUCGAUCGCUCAUCACUAUCCUUGUCUCCGUUGCAGGAUGACUUGAUCCGUACCGUGGCCAACGCAGUGCCCAAAUCUAUAUUGGUGAACCAGACUGGAUCCCCUAUUUCAAUGCCGUGGAUUGAUGAUGUUGACGCUAUCCUCCAAUGCUGGUACUCUGGUCAAGAGGUUGGCAAUGCUCUGGUGGACAUUAUCAGCGGCGAUAUUAACCCCUCUGGCAAGCUUCCCGUCACAUUUCCUCAGUGUAUAGAAGAUACUCCAUCCUUUGGAAAUUUCCCAACAGACCCCAAUAUGAGAGUCCGGUACGCGGAAGGAUUGGAAAUGGGUUAUCGUGCACGAAGCAAGCGAGCUCCCCUGUUUCCCUUCGGAUACGGCAAAUCAUAUACCGACUUUGAGUUGAAGGGAUUCGAAAUCAAGAGAACCGCUGACUUCUCUCCACUGAGUGUAACAGUAACAACAACCGUCACAAAUGUCGGACCCGUGGCUGGCCGAGAAGUUGUCCAAAUUUAUGUUGAUGGCGUGCUGAAGUGCUUCCAGAAGGUCUUACUCGCCCCGGGAGAAGGCCGCGUUGUGGAAGUCACUUUAGACAAAUAUGCCUUUAGUGAAUGGUCCCCAAAGGAGGGAUCGUGGAUUAUUGAAGCUAGAUCAUAUAGCAUUGAGCUUCGACAAGACGCAAACACUGUGCUUGCUUCAACAACAUACAGAGUUGAAACAAGGUUGUCCUGGGAUGGACUUUGA